AUGUCAUUCGAUCUCGUCCGUUAUGAUCUGGCUCCAGCUGGAUAUACACCUGGUAUGAAAUUUAGUGGGUCGUUUGUGAAGCCUGCUCAUUUCUCCUUUCCUCCAUCCUCAAUGUGGUCGUCUCGGUAUGCUAAAUACACGGAGAACAUCGUUGGCGGUCGAAUUGGAAGUGUCACUGUACAAUUGAUCGAAGAUGGCAUACCUGUCCAUUCUCUGAAGAUAACCGAACAGCAGUAUCAUAGCAUGCCUGUUUACUCAUCAGCUCCAAAAUUGUUAUGGGGUGAAUUCGUACAGGUCUUGAAAGUAUUUAUGUUGGGUAAUCAACAAGAACGCGAAUCAGACAUUGUGAACGCCUUCGAUCUUCUUGAUCAACAGACAAGAGGUCUCUACGGCAGGCCAGUCAGCCUACCUGACGGCCUGAUUUCACCAGACGAACUCCGAGCAUUCUUGUCGAUCCUUUGUGAUGAAGUAUUUGUUUAA